UAAUAUUUGACACUAUCAGUACAAUAGAAGAGUCUACAUUAAACUAGAAAUAGUACCAUUUUGUUAAAUAAUCAGAUUCUAGGCAAACCCACAAAAAAAGUGUUAAUGUGAUUUUUCUGCUCUAAGACGGACUCAUGUGUUUAUUCAUUAGCUUCUUAGCUGGGAUAUUCACAAACAAAGCUAACCCAUCAAGAUUCAAGAAUUCCCUAUUCAGGUGAUCAUGGAUAAAAGUUGGAUGCAUGAACCAAAGUUCACUAAAAGAUAUAUUGAGGGUGUCCAAUCUUUUAUAUGGUUUGUUCGAUCUCACUUUGAUUGAAAUACCAAAGUUUGAUGCCCUUGCAUAGAUUGCUUAAAUUUGUUUUUCCAAACACAAGAAGUAGUGCAUGACCACUUAUUUCUUGAAAGAAUUAUGGAAAGUUACAUGCACUAGAGACACGUGGGGAACAAUCACAAAUGAGAGAUAACAAUGAAGCAAUUUAUAGUAAAUAUGAAACUGAAACCCAUGAUAAGGAUGAUGGGAUUCAUACUAUGGAAGAAGAGGUCGCUAAAGGAUCCUUUUCCAAUUAUUCAGAGGAGACUGGCAAAAACGUGUGUAGUAAUAUGAGUGAGAAAGAAUCUACAACAUUUGACAAAUUGCUGAAAGAAGCUGAACGUAAAUUAUAACCGGGAUGUAAGAAAUUUUCAAAGCUUUCAUUUCUUGUGAAGUUGCUAUACUUGAAAGUAUACAAUCAAUGGAGUAAUAAAUUAUUUGAUAUGUUGCUGGAGUUGCUAAAAGAGGCAUUGCCUACUGACGAGAAACUUUCUAAGUCAUAUUAUGAUGCUAAAAACAUACUGCAGGGUUUGGAAUUAGGAUACAUUUCGAUCCAUGCUUGCAAAAACGAUUGUGUGUUGUAUUGGGCUGAACAUAAAGACAAACAAGAGUGUCCACAUUGUGGUACUGCGAGGUGGAAAAUUAACAAUGAAAAGGAUAAAAAGAUUCCUCAUAAAGUUCUAUGAUAUUUUCCAUUAAAGUGGAGAUUUCAAAGGUUAUUUAUGUCUAGUAAAACAAGUGUGGACAUGAGGUGGCAUAAAGAGAAACAAAUAUCUUGAUGAGGCAAAAAUAUUAAGGCAUCCGGCUGAUUUUGAAGCAUGGAAAGAGUUUGACAAGAAUCAUCAAUGGUUUGCACAAGAACCUCUUAAUAUUCGACUCGGUCUUACAACCGAUGGUUUUAAUCCAUAUGGUAACAUGAGCACAUCAUAUAGUAUGUGGCCUAUCAUUUUUGUUCCUUAUAAUCUUCCUCCAUGGAAAUGUUUUAAGGACCUGUUUAUGAUGAUGUCAUUACUUAUUCCUGGUCCCCAAGCACCGGGAAAGGAUAUUGAUAUUUAUUUUCUUCCUUUGGUUGAUGAGUUAAAAGAUUUAUAGAGUAAUAGUGUCGAGACAUUUAAUGCAUCAAUCAGGGAAUGCUUCAAAAUGCUUGUUGUUGUUUUAUGGACCAUAAAUGACUUCCCAUCUUAUGGCAAUUUAUCUGGAUGGAGCACUAAGGGAUACAUGGCAUGUCCUACUUGAAAUAAGGAUGCAUCUUCACAAAGGGUAUUACAUGGGGAACCAUCGGUAUCUUGAAUCCGGUCACUUUUGGAGAAGAAGCAAGAAAUUUGAUGGGAAGAUACAAAAAAAAAUGAAGCCAAAAGAGCUCUCACGUGAUGAUGCAUUGCAACAAUUAGAUUUACUCAGUACUUAUAGACUAGGAAAACACUCAAAUAAUAAAAGAAAAAGACGUCUUCUUGAAGAGUUGAAUUGGGUAAGGAGAUGUAUUCUAUUUGAGUUGCCCUAUUGGAAGAACUUGAAUUUGCGACAUAAUUUAGAUGUCAUGCACAUAGAAAAUAAUAUUUGUGAGGCUAUUUUUGGAAUAUUAUUGAAUAUUGAGGGGAAAACUAAAGAUACAUAUAAAGAAACACAAGAUCUAAAGAAUAUGAACAUAAGAAAAGAAUUAUGGUUGCAACAUGAUGGUUCUAAUUAUACAAUGUUUGGUGCUUGUUAUAAUAUGUCAAAAGAAGAGAAAAAAAUGUUUUGGACAUUGUUAAAGUCUGUUAAAUUUCCUGAUGGUUAUGCUUCAAAUAUCUCAGGGUGUGUAGCUAGGGAUGAUGGUAAAAUAACUAGACUCAAAAGUCAUGAUUAUCAUGUUUUGUUACAUCGAGUACUGCCUAUUGCUAUUCGUGGAUUUAAAAAUAAAGAUUUCUCUUCAGCAUUGAUUGAGUUAAGUGAUAUUUUUCGGCGAUUAUGCUGUAAGACACUGAGAUGAGAUGACUUGGAACAACUAGAAAGGGAUAUAGUUGUUAUAUUAUGUAAGCUUGAGAUGAUUUUUCCUAUUCCUUUUUUUGAUGUUAUGGUACAUUUGGCUAUGCAUUUACCACGAGAGGCAAUGUAUGGUAGAUCAGUACAAUAUCGUUGGAUGUACAAAAUUAAAAGGUUCUUGUGCAAGCUUAAGCAUUAUGUACAAAACAAGGCACGACCUAAAGGUUCUAUUGCAGAAGGCUAUAUUAUUGAUGAAUGUUUGACAUUUUGCUCUAUGUAUCUUGAUGACAUUGAGACUAGAUUUAAUCAUAAAGAUAGAAAUGAUGAUGGAUCUAGAAACAAUGAUGGUCCUAUUUUAGAUAUAUUUUCAAAAAGUGUUAGACUAUAUAAAUAUGGAGAUUAUGAUGCCAUACCAAAAAAAGAUUUUGACAUGGCUCAGUGGUAUUUGUUGAAUAAUUGCGAAGAAGCAGAACCUUUUCUUGAGUAAGUAGUUCUUUUAUAUAUAUUUACAUAUGUUGAUAUUUUUUAUUUUAGCUGUUUCUAAAUAACUUACUUUGUUAC